UCAAAUACAUACCACCAACCUGUGAAUCAAUUUUGCAUUGGAAGUUUUAAAAGUGAGAAGAAAAUGAAGCUAUUUUAUUUCUUCAUUUUAUUAUCCAUGAUGAAUUUAUGUGAUGCCUCAAGCAAGAAGACUCAGGUCAGGAAAACGUUGAGCAGUUCAAAGAAGAUCCCUGUCAAGUCCAUCAAGAGCCCUGAUGGUGAUAUUAUUGAUUGUAUCAACAUUUAUCAUCAACCAGCAUUUGAUCAUCCUUUGCUCAAAAAUCAUACCAUUUUGGUGAGCCUUUCUAUCCCACCCAAAAGCAAGACAAGGGAAAAAUCUCUACAACCUCGGAAAGGACCAAUUGGUGGGGGUGAACUAUUCAAAUCCAAUGCUCAUGGCCAAGAGGAUAAAAAACCAAUUGCUCAGUUAUGGCAGUUGGGUGGGAGAUGCCCUGAAGGAACUAUUCCUAUUAGAAGAAACCAGAAAGCAAGAUAUGCAAAGAAGGAGCACAGAAACUUUCCCCAGCUCGCUGGCUUUUCCAAUCACGAGUAUGCAUAUGCAUCUGUCCAAAGUAACGUGUAUUUGGGAGCAAAGGCAACAAUAAACCUUUGGCAACCCCAAGUGCAGGGCAGUGGUGAAUUUAGCUUGGCUCAAAUAUGGGUUCUUGCAGGUGCUAAUUCAGAUCUGAACACCGUUGAAGCUGGUUGGAUGGUAUUUCCAAGUCUCUUUGGAGAUAGCAACACAAGACUUUUCACUUACUGGACUAGUGAUGGUUAUAAUUCCACUGGGUGCUACAACUUGCGCUGCCCUGGCUUUGUUCAUGCCAGUAAUUCAAUUGCAUUAGAUGUUGCCCUUUCACCAGUUUCUACCUAUCAUGGUGCUCAACAUGAAAUCAUCCUACAUAUCUUUAAGGACCCAAAGCAAAAUGUGUGGUGGCUACAACACGGGAAUGACGAUGUAAUUGGUUAUUGGCCUGCUUCCUUAUUUAAAGACCUAGCAGACAGUGCUUCACUAAUUGAAUGGGGUGGAGAGAUAAUAAAUAAUGCUCAAGAUGGGCAACACACCACAACUCAAAUGGGCAGUGGCCAUUUUGCUGAAGAACAAGCCGGAGGGGCAAGUUACUUCAAGAAUCUUCAAGUAGUUGAUCAAUCCAACGCCUUAGUCCCUCCUGGUGAUAUCAAAGCUGUAGCUACGAAGCCGAAUUGCUACAACAUAGUACCUGGAAAGAGUGAUGAUGCCGGAGAUUACUUUUACUUUGGUGGACCAGGAAGAAAUCCUAAUUGUCCAUGACCAAAGAUAAUGCAACUUGAGA